CAGAACUCGUUAGAAAAAGUCAAGCUUUACAUAACGGCUCUGUCCAUAGCUGAUCAGAACAAUUCAAUCUGUAUCCUGGUGUAGCAAUCUCCACACAAUUUGUGCAAAGAAUGAAGUCAGCUUUGUCAUCAGUGCAACUUACUCUGUUUGCUUUGAGCCAACUUUCCAUUUUAGAAGCUCUUGUGCUUCCCAACUUUUAUACCUUUGGUCAGAGUGAGGGCGACCAGCUAGUUCCUACAAAUGACGAUGGGAGCUCUGGGACGAUACCGAUAUCGAUUCCAUUUCCUUUCUUCGACAGAAAUCACAAUUCGCUGUUUGUCAACACCAAUGGCGUAAUUUCGUUUCUUGUCCAAGUUUCACAAUACACACCAGAUACUUUCCCUCUGGAUGGCAAUCGUCGCCUGGUGGCGCCAUUUUGGGCUGAUGUUGAUACAAAUAAUGGAGGAGAGGUAUUCUACCGAGAGACAGAAGAUCCUAACCUACUUCAACAGGCCACUGAUGACGUCAGAAGCGUCUAUGUGGGUCAAAGGAAAUUUCGGGCCACGUGGUUGCUAGUUGCAACAUGGUAUAAAGUGGCUUUCUUUGGUGCCAGUGGGAAUUAUACAAAAAAGACAAACACUUUUCAGGCGGUUCUCAUAACCAAUGGUAAACACUCAUUUGUAAUUUAUAAUUACAACAAUAUCACAUGGACAACAGGUACUGCCAGUGGAGGGAAUGUAAGCGGGCUUGGAGGUUCUCCAGCACAGGCAGGCUUCAAUGCUGGGGACGGUAUAAGAUAUUUUAACGUACCGGGAUCAGCCACAGAUAGGAUUAUCAAUGUUAGCUCAAAUUCUAAUGUAGGAAAGCCUGGGCGAUGGAUGUUCCGUAUUGACAGCGCAAAGAUCGAGGCAGGUGGCUGCAACACAAAAGGAUCUCUUGUCGCGUCACCUCACUCUGUGAUGAUGCUUGGUGGCGAUAACAUAUUUGUCGGUGGGCCUUGCUACGAACCAUCAAAUCUGAUCGUUUGUGAAUUCCCUGGAGGAAAAUUGAGUAAUGGAACCUACAUAAACAACAUACAGUCAUCUUGUACCGUGCCUAUGCUGAAUGUAACUGGGAGAUUGACAAUCAAAAUGUCGAUCAACGGUGGAAAAAGUUUCGAUUUUCGAGGGAUUUUAACUGUUGUGAACAUCAAAAGGGUUCCCCCUCGUGUUGAUCGGCUGGUUCCAAGUUCCUGGAGUGAAAAUGUUCCUGUCAAGAUCAACUGGGAUCCAGGGCACCUCGGAGUUGACACCCUUUCGGUGGCUGUUCUUUUGGCGCGUUUCUCAAUAAAGGAUGAUGAUGUCUACUUUCAUAGCAUGUUUUCUUUAAAAGAAGAACAAAAGAAUACUGGAGAAAGUCAAUUUACUGUCCCAGAAGGAGAGGGACAGGGAGCAGCAGUUGGGGAUAGCCAUUUUGUUACAUUGGUGUUGGUCAAAAAGAUAUCUGGCAACUUCAGCAAUUCACCGGCCGAGUGGAUCUGGAGCGAUAUGUUUUACUGGUUUAACUAUGGACUGGCCGAGCAGAGAUGCAUGUUUUGGCACGAUAGGCAGCCCGAUCCCCAAAUAUAUACAGAUGAUGCCUCCCUCCUUCCUUGUCCACAAACGUUUCUUCAAGCACAAGCAGACCGCGGCCGAUUUACCUUGGACGAAUACUGCAAUCCUACAGCCGAUCCGUACCAAUGUGUUCUUUAUCAUUUUGGAGCCUCUCAUUGCUUCAGGGCAAACAUUCCGAGUGAGCAAGGUGCUGGACAGCAAUGCUGCUACUCUAGACCAGGAAAUUUGAUGAUCGGUCCACAAAAUGGAGGAUCCCUUGAUCGAUACCAUAUUGAGGCUGGAGUGCCAGCCUUGUCACAUUUCUUUCAAGAUCUUGUUCCUUAUUUGGAUUGCUGCCUGCUCUCUGACAACUGUGAACGUUACUUUGAGAAAAGACCUUCAGAUGAUGGUUCCCGCUACGUACCUCCUAGGCCUGCAACUGGAAUAACAGAUCCUCACAUGAUUACGCUCGACGGUUUUGAGUACACUUUCAAUGGUUAUGGCGAGUAUCAUGUCCUCCAGAUACCUCCUAUUGACUUUGAGCUUCAGGGACGAAUGCAACCUUUAAUCGAUGAUAAUGGCAGCAGUACUAGUGGUACAGUAUUCAAAGCGUUUGCAAUGAAAGAAAAUGGUUCUGAUGUUGUACAGAUACACAUUAAUGGCCGCCGCGAGAUAGAAAUUUUGGUUAAUAGCGCUCUGGUGGAAUUCGAUGAACAGUUUAUGAUGGAUUUUCAAGGCGCCACAGUAAUAAAGUACAACAACACAUCUAAAUACUCCUUCAUAUUUAACUCUGGACUAUCCGUCACAAUUGAGAGGGUGGAGGAUCUUUUACAGUUUAUGCUACUGGUGCCACCAGAGUUUAAAGAACAUACCAGAGGCCUUUUAGGAUUCUGGGACGGAAAUCAAGAAAACGAUUUUCUGCUUCCCAGCGGAGCAAGUCUUAGCCAUAAUUCUACCCAUUCCAGAAUUCAUUACGAGUUUGGUCAAUUGUGGGCAACGAACGCAGAUAAUUCUCUAUUCACCUACGAGGAAGGCAAGAACCAUGCGUCUUAUUUCGAUAAACAGUACGUGCCGACAUUUAUGGAUCCAGAUAACAUGGUGUUUGACAACGCAACCUUGGGUCACCUGGCAUAUGAAGUAUGCGGUGAUAAUAAGCAAUGUCUGUUUGACAUCAAGGCUACUGGAAAGGUCAGCAUUGGCCAGGCAGCAAAGAAAGCUGUGGGAUACUUCUUUUCACUUACCAAUGACCUUGAGACACCCGGAUGUAUUCCCAUGGAGAACAAAAUUGGCAAUGGUAACGUUGUGAGGAACGAUACUCAAGAUGGCAGAAUCAUCUACCGAUUCCAGUGUAACUCUGGUUUCUUCCUGCAUGGCUCGUCUGUCAUAUCUUGUUUGCAGGGACAGUGGAACGGCUCAACUCCGAGCUGUCUGCCUGGAAAAGCAUCGUAUGGCACACCAGGGUAUGUCAUCGCAGCUGCUACUGCAGGAGCGGCCAUUUUUGUCGUCAUAGCGAUCAUUGGAGUCAUUUGUUUUCUCAAAGUGAGACGUGGAAAAGGCCGCAGUGAAAUCUAUAUCCAAGAGGCAACUGAGAUGGAUAGUUCUAAAUAAGAUAUUACAUAUAGCAAUGCAGCAUAUGCUUCAAGUAAUGGUCUAAAUAGGCAUGUUCGCUCCGCUUUAGUAUCGUCACGAAUACUAUGUUACUUCUGAUAUAUAGCCAAUAAAAUUUAAGCCAAUCUUUUGGCUUUAUUGUACAUCAAA